CCCAACCCCAUUUAAACGUGAUACAUUGUGAAUAUAUAGAGUGAGUGAGGAUAUAUUCACUAAAUUUAGAAAUAUGAAAGAUUUGUAUAAGGAUAAGUGUAAGAGCAUAAACCGGUUUAGGCCAUCAAUCGGUCAUCAAAAUAAUGCCAUAACAAGGUUGUUGGUUCUAGUUGCGGUCUUUGUUCUUGGUUUCAUGUUCAUGAUGGUCACGUGUUGGCUAAACCUUUAUAUGUUUUCAGGCCAACCCAUUCCAAAAUUUCAGACCAAAGAGGUUCAUGAUUUCCCUCUUGAAUGUUUAGCAUGGAAUAAAACACUAUCAUGCCCCAACAACUACCCAACGACGCACGACAACCUAGACCAUUCAUCAUUCAACACAUGUCCCGAGUACUUUCGUUGGAUCCAUGAAGAUCUACGACGCUGGAGAGGGACAGGGAUCACAAGAGACAUGGUAGAGGUAGCGAAACGAAGUGCUCAUUUCAGACUAAUAAUCCUCGAUGGAAAAGCUUAUGUCGAAACCUUUAGAAAAUCAAUUCAAACUCGAGAUUUAUUCACACUAUGGGGGUUUCAACAAUUGCUAAGGUUGUACCCCGGUAGGAUUCCUGAUGUAGAACUUAUGUUUGAUUGUGAUGAUCGACCGGUUUUCAACAUAAAACAGUACUUUAGGAGGCCCAACCCUGGGCCUCCACCUUUGUUCAAGUAUUGUUCUGAUCCAUGGAGCUUGGAUAUUGUCUCACCCGAUUGGUCCUUUUGGGGAUGGCCAGAGACAAAUCUGAAGCCGUGGGAAAUGACAUUGAAGGAUAUUAAAGAAGGUAACAAGAGAGUAAACUGGAAGGACAGAAUACCUUUCGCUUAUUGGAGGGGUAACCCUAGUGUCUCCCCUGUUAGGGCUGACCUUGUCAAGUGCAACGUUAACAACACUCAUAAUGUUGACUGGGAUACUCGCUUGUUUAUCCAGGAUUGGAUUAAUGAAUCAGUGCAUGGAUACAAGAAUUCAAAUAUUGAAGAUCAAUGUACUUACAGGUAUAAAAUAUACAUAGAAGGAUGGUCAUGGUCAGUAAGUGAGAAAUACAUUAUGGCCUGUGAUUCACCUACGUUAUACAUCACCCCACGUUUCUACACUUUCUUCGCAAGAGGAAUGUCUCCGCUCCAGCAUUUCUGGCCUAUUCGGUCCACUGACAUGUGUAAAUCUCUUAAAUUUGCCAUCGAGUGGGGCAAUAAUCACACUUCCAAGGCACAAGAGAUUGGUGAGGCGUCAAGCCGGUUCAUUCAAGAGGACAUGAAGAUGGAGUACGUUUAUGACUACAUGUUACAUCUACUGACCGAAUAUGCUAAGCUUUUGAAGUUCAAACCUACCCUCCCUCCAAAUGCAGUUGAGCUAUGUUCAGAGUCAAUGGUAUGCUUUGCAGAUGGAAAGUGGAGGAGGUUCAUGGAGGAUUCACUCGUGCGGUACCCUACAAGCGCGACCCCAUGUACUAUGCCUCCGCCAUAUGAUCCCACAACUAUUAAAGCUAUCAUAGACAACAGAACAAGAGCGAUAAAACAAGUCGAAAUGUGGGAAGAUGAAUAUUGGAAAAAUCAACACUUGAAACAUUGAUCACAUCUUCUUGUACUUAUCUUUAUUGGCUUGUAACUUUGGAUCACUAUUCUGACUUUAAAAAAUAUGGUUACUCUCA